AUGUCUGCGUUCACGGCCCUGAAUGGGGGGUCGCCAAAGGCAACAGAACCGCCGGCGCCAGAGUCUCGGAAGACGCCUCCAGAAGAGCGGCCAACUGCGCAAUCCACUUCCCAGCCUUCUCCUAAACCCCCGUCGAGCGAAGUUGCCAGCAGUCAACGGGAUGCUUGGCCUGCCCCUGCCCACGACAGGCCAAGUUUUCAGUCUGCGUCCUACCCAGAUGUUGAGGGUUCUCACAAGAGAAAAAGAUCCGACUCAUCCGAGCCUCGCCGGGAGAGGGAACCCCAGUCGCAACCCAUCCAGGAGAGAACCCCAGACACAGCAACACAACCACACCCGCCAGAGUCGCGUGAAGCGUAUGGCACGCCACAACGUGAGCGCGAACACCGUCAGUACGCCGAAGACAGUCGAGAUCCCAAUGAUCCAUGGUACUCCCGAGAAGGACGUGACGAAAGAGGCUACUACGACAACCAGCAUUCGGCCUCAACCACCCAAGGCCAGACGGAAGAGCAGAUUGGCGAUGCCCUACGAAGGGUGACAGGUCAGGUGGAUAACCACAGCGACUAUGGCAACAGCCCGGAAGGUGAUGACCAUGAACGCUCCAUGAGCGUAUACGGACCCUACACUCCUGGCGGCUCGCGCGACCACGUUCUGCAGUCAGAUCCCAAGAAGCGCAAACGAAACUUUAGCAAUCGCACCAAGACUGGCUGUCUCACCUGUCGUAAGCGCAAAAAGAAGUGCGACGAGCAGAAGCCCGAAUGCAUCAACUGCAUCCGUGGUGGCUUCCUCUGCGCAGGCUACCCUCCACAGAGGAGUACGGGCUGGCAGAAGCCAGACAACAAAGCUGCCGCCGUUCCGCUGGAAUCCAAAGACCCCAGCUACGUACCUCCAGGCGCGUAUGGCAUGCCGCAACAGAACCCUUAUGGGAGCCAGCCAACUGUCACGCCUCGUCGGGAUCCUCUUCCUCCCUAUGGCCGAGGCCAGCCGUUACGAAUUGAUCCUCCCCAGGGACGGCCCAUCCUGACCGAUGAUGACAGGGCCACUGCCUCGACGAUCCCCAGCGCCUCCGUCGCGAGCCCGGAUCUCAAGCUUUCGGCCCUUCCAUACACACCGGCCAAUGUGUUCCCAACGCCUGUCAGCGCCCAAGCCCCUUCGCAGCAGAGUGGCUUCUCGGAGAGGAAGGAGUUUCAGGCGCCGCGCGUACCGCCUCUGCACGACAUGGGCCGGAGCGAGCCCGAAACCCCUCAUCCGGGCAACACUCUUCCCCAGAUCAACAUUCUCCAUCCGACCCGUGCCAACAGCCCCGCCCCGCCACCCUCCACGAGCAACGCACAGGUCGCGGCUCAGCUGGCUUUGUCCCACACGCAAUAUGCGGGCAGCAGACAGAGGACGCAGAAGGAAGAGAUGCUUUCGGGCAGACACUAUUACCCAUUCGAUAAGGAGCUCGUUUUGGAGCGAGAGCGGUGCAGCGCAGCAUGCUGGCGGUUCAACAACUCGACGAAUCCGAACAACGGCGUCUCGCCCAUCGAGCGUGCCCGUCUAUUCCGCGAAAUCCUGCAGCCACGCGAUCCCAUCCAGAUUUCGCCCUCGGUGGCAUCUCCGGUGACGAACAUUGGCCGCGUUGGCGAGAAUGUUGUCGUUGAGGCGCCGUUCAACUGUGACUACGGCUACAACAUUACAAUCGGACAGAAUGCCAUUGUUGGUCGCAACUGUACCAUCAUUGACACGUGCGAAGUCAAGAUUGGCGACAACUGUCACAUCGGACCGAAUGUCAGUAUUUACACCGCCACGCUGCCCAUUGACCCCAAGAGGCGCAUGGGCAGCAAGGGACCACAGCUUGGGCGUGCCAUUACCAUCGAGCAAGACUGCUGGAUUGGUGGUGGCGCUAUUAUUCUUCCUGGCAGGACGAUUGGCAAAGGAAGCACCGUCGGCGCGGGGUCUAUUGUCACCAAGGAUGUUCCCCCUUUCACCAUAGUCGUAGGCAAUCCGGCUCGCGUUCUUCGUGGCAUUUCGUCAUAA